AUGCAAUACAAGUGUCAUGCAUGUAUAUAACAUUAUUUAGCAUUAGUUCUCAUUGUUUAUGAUUCACUUGUGCAGUACAAGUGCGCACAGGGCCAGCAAACUUGCAUUGAUGCACUUGUGAUUCAUCCAUGCUUGAAAUAUCUCCCAAGGUUCCGUGCCAAAUGUCUGACGCACAAACUGAACCCUUAUUUCUUCAGUGGGAUCUCUAUCUUGCGGGAAGGCUUGGAGGAUUUUAAGAGGGAUCAAAUUAUGUCUGCACUAUUUUAUUCUGCUGAAUGCUUCGUGAUGGAUCUGGAAGCCUUACAACUCCUGGAACUGCAACAUAUGAAGAACAUGUUUUCCGCUAAAUGGCUGUCAUAAAAAUGGUUACAUGUCGGGACCUUUUUUCAUUGUUCUGAAGUACAUGCACUUUGCUGAGGUUGAAGAGCACAUAGUGAACCAGAAUAGAGAAUUUAACAUUUCUCAAAAUGGGGAACUAUUUUGUACAGCACCAUUGUUCCAGAGUACUCAUGCAUAUACGGGUACCAUAUACAUGAGUUCUAUAGCUGAUGAGUGGAGAAAACAUUAACUUUUACCUGCAAAGAACCAACAGAUCAGCCCUUCCAUUUAUUCUCAAUGCUCUUGCUGCUCUAAGGUAAAAGAUUUCUUACAAGUGCCAAAAAACCACUAAAUGGUACGGAUUUCAAACCUUUUUGUUUUCAGCGUUUUUUCUGGAAUUCUAAAAUCUAUCGUACAUGAUUUUGACUAAAAUCUGUAUACAACUGAAGGUGUUGGGUGAUGCAAUAAUAUACUGAAAGUAAACACAUGGAGUGAAGAGAAAUUGGGAACAAGAUCCCUGUGCGCCUAAAGAUUGCUCCUCAAUCGCAUGGUCUUGAUAGCAUCCAUGUAGGUUAUGAUCCUCUUAGCUAGGAUGAUUAUCAAGGGCGCAAAGUUUUUCCUGAGUGCUAAUUACAUUGAAUAUGAAGGACUUAUCCACAAGGCUCAAGCAGAUUGACAGGGGAUCAUCAAGCAUUGGCUUAAUUGGAGAGGUUACAAUUUAUAUUCUAUCGCAGCUUCUCUUGUUGAAGGUAUUUGAAGUUUAAAGAAGGUGUUAUGAUGACCAAUGAUGAAGCAGAAAUUGUGUUAAUUGACAUUUUAUUAAACGUCCAUCAAAGCUGCUCUCAUUUUUUUCUGGUGGGGCCUUGUGGGAUAUGCAACUAAACAAGAAAAAAAAUACUGCCAAAGAAGAGGUGUAUAAUGACUAUGGCUACGAGGCACAAAUUACAAAAACUGUGUUGAUUGCAUUUAAUUUAGUUUGCUUUGGUUCAUUUGCGAGGAACAAACUGAACCCUAUCUUCUUCAGUGCCUCCGCUUGUUUUCUUGGAAAGCUAUGGCAGAAAUACAGAGAGGUUCAGGAAGUGUCUUCAAGCAGUAGCAGAUAAUCUAAUAUGUUUGCUUGUCUGAAUAAGUUUGAUCUGGGGCUUCUUCGGACAUUGAUCUUGGGUCUAAGUGGUUGAGAUUGCUUUUGGAGCUCAGAACAAAAGCUCUGUUUUUGUGAUUUUUUUCCCAUUUGUUAUCCAUUUUCUUGUUGCUUUGUAGUUAGUUACUUGUUUCGUCUUGCUUUGUGCUGUAGUUGUGGUUGUAUUCGUAUCACAUUCUUGAUAUAGUGGAUAUAUUUUUAUGGACCAGAG